AUGGCGCCUGCAUCGCAGCCUAUGUUCGCCAAGGACGAGAAGGCGCUGUGCUUUCAUCACGAGCUUCUUUACGAAGCCAAAGUCCUCGACGUGAAGCUGGUAGACCCCAACGACAAGAAGAGCGCGUACCAGUACAAGGUCCACUACAAAGGCUGGAAGGCCACUUGGGACGAUUGGGUUCCGCAGGAUCGGCUGCGCAAGCUGAAUGACGAGAACCGCGAGCUAGCCAACAACCUCAAGAAGGAGUUGGAAGCCAUGCGUCGCGGCUCUCAGGCCCAGAAGUCGGCCUCUACUUCGCACAAAAAGAAGACCGAAGCCGGCUCCGCACGCGGCAGCGAGGGCCGCGAGACGCCUGUGGCGUCGACCAGCCUGGCAGGCCGCAAGAGGGGCAGGGACUUUGAGGUCGAGAGGGAAGAGACUUUCCGCACCAGGCCAGCCAUUCGCCUGCACAUGCCCGACAGGCUCAAGUCGCUUCUGGUCGACGACUGGGAGAACAUCACCAAGAACCUUCAGCUCGUCAAGCUUCCAGUGGCGGUUUCGGUCAGCACUAUUCUCGACAUGUAUGAAGAGCAGGAAGCACCCAAGCGUGUGGCAGGUAGUGCCGAAGCCGACAUCCUCGAGGAGAUCAUUGCCGGUGUCAAGGAGUACUUCAACAAGGCGCUUGGCCGCAUCCUCCUGUACCGCUUCGAACGCGACCAGUACCUGGAGAUCUACAAGAAGACGGAGAGCCCCACCGAUGACCUGGCGGGCAAGACGAUGAGCGAGAUCUACGGUGGCGAGCACCUGCUCCGACUCUUCGUGUCAUUACCGGAGCUCAUCGCACAGACGAACAUGGACCCCCAGUCUGUGAACCGGCUCCGCGAAGAGCUAGUGAAAAUCACCAUGUGGCUCAACAAAGACGAGACGGUGUGCAGGGUAUUUGUGUCAGAGUACGAAACGGCUGAUAGCGAGUACGUCGAUAAGGCUAAGGGCGAUGAGAGGCGUUGA